AUACAAUAGAUUAUUUAGUCAAAAAGGCUCAAUUGAAAUGCAACAUGAUGCUCAAAAUGAAUCAACAAUAGACAUUAAACACGAACCUAUAGCGGAUAUUCAUUAUAACAAUCAAAGUGAAUCAAUAAUAGAUAUUAAACAUGAAUCUACAACGGAUAUUCAACAUAAUAAUCAAAGUGAAUCAAUAAUAGACAAUAAAUACCAAUCUACAACGGACAUUGAACAUAACAACCAAAGUGAAUUAAUAAUAGACAUUAAACACGAACCUACAAUGGAUAUUCAAAGUAAAUCAAUAACGGAUAUUCAGCAUGAAUCUACAGCAGAUAUACAUGAUGUGAUAAUUCCUAGUGAACGAACACUUGUCAUGAAAAAUAGCAGUCAAAGAAGAUGGCCGACGUGUCGGAGGAAGUGCCGAUCAAGGAUGCCGCGACAGCAAUCUCUCAGGGUAAACGCCACCUCCUGGUACGCGAUUAUCAUCUCGCAGUAACCGUCUUAGCUCGUGCGUGCGAGCUUCUUGCUCAGGAGCAUGGAGAGACCGGCGACGAGAUGGGUGAACUCUACCUACUUUACGGACGAGCUCUUUUGGGUCUGGCACGUGAAGAGGCGGGAGUAUUAGGCGGUGGUGUACCUGGAUCCGAAGAAGUCAGUCAGGAUGAGCAAGGUGAAGAUGAGGAGGAGGAAAAUGAGGAGGGAGCUGUAACCGAAGGCAAUCAUACGGAAAGUAGCUCUUGCACAUCAAACGGCAAAGAGGAUGAUAAGCAAGAGACAAAGGAUGAGGAGAAAGAGGAUGAAGAGCCAAAGGACUUAAAAGACACGAAAGUUGAAGAAUCUGAAGAACUCGAAAAGGAUGAAAAGAAGGAAGAGUUUAAUAAAACGGUGGAUAAUAAGAUUGGAGAACAGAACAAGCAAAGAGAAGAAAUUCCUGGCUGUAGUCGAGAUUUUGACUUGCAUAAUGGCGAAGCUUCUGGUAGUGGCAUGAACAGAAAAAAAGAAGACGAGGAUGAAGAGGCGGAAGAAGAGGAUGUUGAAAAGGAAAAUGACGAGGACGAAAUCAACAAUCUACAGAUUGCAUGGGAAGUCUUAGAACUAGCGAAAUUGGUGCUAGUAAAACGUGGACCUCCAGGCUGGAAGUUUUUGGCUGAGGCUUACCGUCUUCUGGGCGAGGUUGCGAUGGAGGGUAGCAAUCAUGAGAGUGCGCUGAUCGAUUUCAAGGCCUGUUUGAAUCUUCUGGAGAAAAUGAUUCCACGUGACCAUCGUGCGAUCGCCGAGAUCCAUUAUCAGCUCGGGUUGGCGCACGCGAUGGCAAACAACUUUGACAUUAGCAUUGAACAAUUCAACCAGGCGUCUGCGCUGUUGGAAGCAAAGAUUGUGCAUUUGAAGACUUUGCAAGAUGAUCCACCCCAAUCUGAUGAUCCAUUCUAUACCAUUGAAGGGGAGAUCAAGGAGCUGCAGGAACUUGUUCCAGAGAUUCAAGAAAAAAUCGCAGACAUCAAUGAUCUGAAGAAAGAAGCUAAUGUGCUCAAAGAGAUUAAGGAAGAGAGACUGAAUGGAUGUUCUAGUGAUGGUGAAACGAAUGAGGCUUCUGGAAGUGGUAGUAGUAAGUCGAAACCUGCCAGCGAUAUAUCGCAUCUGGUAAGGAAAAAGCGCAAAGCAGAGGACGAAGAGGAGACUGCUUCUCUUUGCAAGAAACCGAUGCAGGAAAAGGACAUAGCGUGAAAAGUGCGAGUAUCUGUUUUUUUAUGAUAA